UUAUAGAGCAUACAAAUAAUUGGUCUUCCCGACUCCUUUCAUUUAUAGUGCAUACAAGAUAAGUACUGAAGGUAGGAGCUGCAUACCAGGCAGCGGCGGAGGCAGGAAAACGGUCUUCUCCUCAGAACCUAGAAGCAGCAAAUCAAAAGCGCCUUCAAUGUUUCCUGUUCUUCUGUUGCUUCUGUUGCCAUAUGUACUCCAAGCAGCAUCAGGGAGAGCAUUCAGCAAUAGGACUGAUGUGGAUUCCUUGCUGGCACUAAAGGCAAGCCUAAGAAAUCAGAAUGGUGUCCUAGCUGCAUGGAACACAACGACUGGUUACUGCCAGUGGCCAGGCGUCAGUUGCAGCCUUAAGCACAAGCACAGGGUCACAGUGCUUAACCUCUCUUCAGAGGGCCUUGGUGGCACGAUCGCACCCUCCAUUGGGAACCUCUCAUUCUUGAGAAUUCUAGACCUCAGCAACAACAAUUUGCAAGGUGGAAUAAUUUCCGCAAUUGGUCGCCUGUCUCGCCUACGACAUCUUGUUUUAUCCAACAACUCACUUCAUGGUGAUGUAAACGCUGGAUUGAAGAAUUGCACCAGCCUUGAAAGAAUCAACAUUGGUUCAAACAGUUUGACUGGAGAAAUCCCUGCUUGGCUCGGAUACUUGUCAAGUCUCAAGUUCAUAGACCUGAGCAUAAACAAGUUCACUGGAAUAAUCCCGUCAUCACUUACCAAUCUCUCAGAAGUGCAAGCAAUUGAUUUCACCACAAACCAACUCGAGGGUGUCAUCCCUGAGGGCCUUGGUAGGCUCGGCAACCUUGUCUCGAUAAGCCUGCCAGAUAAUCACCUCUCAGGCACCAUCCCUACAACUUUGUUCAACCUUUCCACUCUAAUAACCUUGUCUGUGGAAGGAAAUAAUUUGGGCGGUAAACUACCCUCGGACUUUGGGGAUCACCUCCCAAAUCUUGAGCACCUAUUCCUCGGUGCUAACCACUUUAUAGGAAACCUUCCAGCUUCCCUUGUGAACUCAACUAAGAUAUAUGACCUAGAUGUCUCCUUCAACAACUUCACCGGAACAUUGCCACCAGAGAUUGGAAUUCUCUGCCCAGCCGACCUCAGCCUUGGAGUAAAUCAGUUCAUGGCUGCUACUGUGCAGGACUGGGAGUUUAUGACAUUGUUGACAAACUGUACACGCCUCCGUAUAUUAAACCUCCAGUUGAACAUGCUAGGUGGCAUGCUGCCUAGCUCAGUUGCCAAUCUAUCAAGUCAACUCCAAGUGCUAUAUGUUGGAGCCAAUGAGAUUUCUGGAAAGAUACCAUUUGGCAUAGGCAAUCUUGUUGGGCUAAAUCGAUUGCAGCUAGCUCGUAACCAAUUUACUGGCGCCUUGCCUGACACCAUAGGGAGGCUAUAUUCACUAAAAACCCUGCAGUUGCAUAGUAACCUACUGACAGGCUUCAUGCCAUCCUCCCUUGGGAACUUGACGCAACUACUAAGGCUGUACACAGAUAACAACACGUUUGAGGGGCCAUUUCCAGCAAGCCUCGGGAGACUACAAGAGCUGAAUAUAGGAUUAUUUUCAAACAAUAAGUUCACAGGUCCAUUGCCUAAAGACAUCUUCAACCUAUCGGCCCUGUCAGACGUCCUAGAUUUGUCGAGCAAUUACUUUGUUGGACCUCUUCCACCUGAAGUAGGCGGCUUGACAAAUCUUGCACGCCUGUACUUAUCACAGAACAACUUGUCAGGGCCCCUCCCUAAUGCACUCAGCAAGUGCCAAAGCUUGACAGAACUCAGGCUGGACGACAACUCCUUUGAUAGUAGCAUUCCCUCAUCUAUCAGCAGCAUGCGAGGCCUGAUGUUGCUAAACCUUACAAAGAACACACUCUCAGGUGUGAUUCCUCGGGAUUUAGGGCUAAUGGGUGGCCUUGAAGAGUUAUACCUAGCACGUAACAACUUGUCUGGUAAUAUCCCAGAAAGCUUGGAAAAUGUGACAUCAUUGUACCAGUUAGACCUGUCCUUCAACCAUCUGGAUGGCAAAGUUCCAUCAUGGGGAGUGUUCAGUAAUGCAUCUGGUUUUUUCUUUGGUGGGAAUUUGGGGCUCUGUGGUGGUAUAUCAGAGUUACAUUUGCCCCCAUGCCAGCCAGAAUCCGUGGGACAUGGCUUGAGCAAACGCCAUUUGACUAUCACCCUAGUUACCGCAACUGCUGGCAUAAUUCUGGGUUUGAGCUUGAUGCUUGUUUUCUUCACAAUGAGAAAGAAAUCAAAAGCUCGGUCUACAACCAUAGGAGGAUUCCAGUUGAUGGAUGACAAUUAUCCCAGAGUAACUUAUGCUGAAUUGGUCCAAGGAACAAGUGGCUUUGCAGCAGACAAUUUGCUUGGCAGAGGAAGGUAUGGAUCGGUGUAUAAGUGUUGUCUGCUGCUAAAAAAUAUGAUGACCACAGUAGCUGUAAAGGUUUUUGAUCUUCAACAGUCUGGCUCUUCCAAAAGCUUUCAAGGUGAGUGUGAGGCACUUAGUAAGAUCCGCCAUCGCAAUUUGAUUAGUCUCGUGACUUGUUGUUCAAGCUCUGACUCGAACCAAAACGACUUCAAAGCCAUUGUGUUCGAGUUCAUGCCUAAUGGGAGCCUAGAUAGGUGGUUGCACAUGGAUGUACAUGUAUCACAUCAACUCCAAGGAUUGACACUGAUGAAGAGAUUAAAUAUUGCAGUUGAUAUUGCUGACGCAAUAGAUUAUUUGCACAACAACUGUGAACCACCAAUAAUUCACUGUGACUUGAAGCCAAGCAACAUUCUUCUCAAUGAGGAUUUAGUUGCUCAUGUUGGGGACUUUGGACUUGCAAAGAUUCUUUCUGAACCAGCAGCUGAGCAACUGAUAAAUUCAAAGAGCACAGUUGGAAUAAGAGGAACAAUUGGAUACGUCGCUCCAGAAUAUGGCGAAGGUGGUCAAGUUUCUUCAUGUGGAGAUGUAUACAGCUUUGGAAUUGUCAUCCUCGAGUUGUUUACAGGCAUGGCACCUACUCAUGACAUGUUCAGAGACGGGUUGACCCUGCAGAAACAUGCCGAGAAUGCAUUUCCAGGGAUGCUAAUGCAGAUUGUUGAUCCAGUCCUGCUGGCCACUUAUGUUUCCAAUGCUAAUAGUUUGCAGGGUGGAAUCAAUACAGUGGAACAUGGCAACAACGCCAUACCCUCUGUCAUGAAGGUUGCGCUAUCAUGCAGCAAGCAUGCACCGACAGAGAGAAUGUGCAUCAAAGAUGCUGCUACAGCAAUUCACAGGAUAAGGGAUGAAUAUAUUAAAGUAAUCCAAAAUGAGGGAGUUGUUAAUGCUGCCUAUACUGCAAGGCAUUUUGCUGAAACAUCCAGGGCAGCCCCUUGAACUGGCAUCACACACUCACUCUUAAUUAAUGGCUUUGUAGUAUUUAUAUAUUGCACUCUUGUGGUUUCGAUAUGUUAGUUUCUGGCUGGCCAUGUUCUCUUAGUUUCUUGAUCUGCCUUUUGCAGUCUGUCUGUCACUCUGCCUGCAACAGUUAAUAUGGUUUGUAUAUGGGGAUGCCUACAUAGUGAACUGGUAAUAUCAUUUGUGUCGGCAA